UGCAGACCCCGGGGAUGUGGCCUCGGCCAACGGGCUACCGGGGUCUUUUUUGGAAAGACGGCAGACUGGGAUCUCGUGCCGGCAUGAGGAGAAGGGACAGCCCCCCCUACACCCCCUCACCUGUUCUGGGCCCCCAACUGUCCAAGCAGCCUCCGCUGCCAGCAACCCCGCUGUUUCCUGUGGGGCCCUCUCUCGGAGGAAGCGCGGGGCGCCCAGGGGAAAGCGGGCUGGCGAGCGAGUUCCCUUUCUCCAGCCUCUAACCGUCUGGGGACCCGUCCUGACUCCCAGCCCCGGUGGAGAAGGCCUCCCCUGGUGAAGACCCCGGGUGCACCAGCCGCUGGGGAGGCCAGGAGCUGGAAGCACCUUUAUGGAGCCCAGCUGCCUCCUCUGGGGUCUAGUCCUCACCUAGGACAUCCCCAAUGAGCCGAUGAGGAAACUGAGGCUCAGUAGGUGUGAUGACCCCUCACCCCCAGGCUCACACAGUACAUGGUGGGCUCAGGAUUUGAACUCAGGUAUCUGACUCCAGACACUUUGCAAAUUCUUUACAGGAAAGCUCGUCCUCCCCCUCCCCACAAUGGACGCUGGGCCCCUUUUUGUUUCAUUUCCCAGAGUUUGAUGCAGAAAUUCCACCCCUCCCUCCUCCAUGCAUGUCCCAGGUGAAGGAAUUCAGCAACUCUCUUAGCAACUUUCCUCCCCCAGCUCACUGCCUCUGUGUGUGUGUGUGUGUGUGUGUGUGUGUGUGUGUGUGCUCGUGCAUGCCCAGCCUGGACACGGCUUCCUCCAGCACCUGGCUGUGUGACCCAUUUUUCUUUGGGUCCCCAUUUCCCAUCUAGAAAGAGGCCAAGAGAGGGUGGGAGGGGGCAGAGGGAGUCCGAGUGUUCUGCCCUGGCUCUAGGAAUGCUCCAGGGAUUUGGUGCUCAGAGGAGACAGGAGAGAUAUCUACAUGGACCUCAGAUCAGACCAAGCUUCCUGGAGGAGAGGAUUUGAGUGGGCAGCAUUGGGGGAAGCCAUGGAGGGGUCGGAGGGUGCUCUAGGAAAGGGUUUGGGUUGGGAAAAGCCUGGUUUGUGGAUAGAGGAAGAAGACACAUGUCCCCAGCACUUUAUAGUUUACAAAGGCUAGCUGUGAGCAUCUACUUCUUUGGCUUUGCCAGGGAGAUGUGUUAGACCCAUUCUAUAGAAGGGGACUCUGAGGCCCAGCGGGAGGGAGCUCACUUUUCUGGAGCCGCUCAGUGAGUGGGUGGCUGAGCUAGGGCGGACCAGGCUGCCUCAACCACCCAUCUUGUCAGUCCCAACCAGCCCAGCACUUCCUCUGAGGCCCUAUCCGGCCCCAUCCUGGCUCCCCAUGGUAGGCAGGGCCCUGCUGCACUUUUAUUUACUUUUUGUCUGCUCACUAAUGCACAAUGAGCCAUGGUCGUGCCAUUUGGGUUUUUGCCUUUUCUCCCCCCCCCUUUAUUUUUUAUUUGUAUAUAUUCACAGGGUGCAAGUGCAAUUUUGCUGCAUUGACAUUAACACAUAGCUGGUGUUUGCCUUUUCUACUUAAUUUUAUUUAAUUAGUGUUUAACUGGAAUUGUUUUUUUCAUUCCUGAGGGCGUGCUUUAUGCCAGUCUUGGGCUGGAGCCUGGAGACACAGAGCUGGGAGGAGCUAACAGUCUGAUGGUGGAGACAGAAAUGUCACAGACUGUCAUCCAAGGGGAUCAGGGCCGUGCUGAGGGGAGCACAGGGGUGUGUGGGGCUCAGGGAGGGAGCAGCUGCCUCUCAUUGCCAGGAAUUGAGGGGGGCUUCUUGAAGGGGGUGACAUUGGAACUGGACCUUGAAAGGGGUGGCAGAUGGGGGAGAGGACUGAAGCACCGUAUGGGGUAGUUGGGAGCCGGAGGAUGAGGACGGACAGAUGACGUGGGGGCGAGACUGGAGGCUGGGGAGGCAGGAUGAAGGCUCCUGCAAAGAUCCAGGGAAGAAUGGGUGACAAGAGGGGUGAAGGGGCAGGCGGUCGGGGCUGCCUUCGUACCCCAAGCCUGCAAGAGAUGAGGGCUGCAGACUCACCUGGGAGGGCAGGUGGAGGUGAGCUUCUUGCUUCUGUCUCUCUGGCGGGGCAGGAGACAGAGUCAGCUUGGAGGCCAGGCUGUGCUGGGGGAUGCUCAAUGCUCAAGUUCUUCCCCUCUUGUCCCUGGACUUGGCUUAGGGCUGGCUCCCUAGCUAGGGAUAGGGCACGACCUGGUGACCAGAGCUGCCCACCAGGCAGAGGAGCAGGAGGCCAGCUAACGCUGGCACACGGCCUGGCAGUGCCAAAGCCUCCCUGCCACCUGCUGUCUCCUAUCUCUAGUGCCAGCUGGGUCUGCGGGCCAGGCGGGGGCUGCCUCCCCAGCUAGCCUCCUCCAGCUGCUGGGUCCCUCUGUCUGGACCUGGUGUGCUGGGGGUAGCAAGGGGUAGGGACUGGGGCCCGGCCCAGCUAGUCAGGGCCCCUUUUUUCUCUUUGGCUGCCAGGCCCCUGGAGCUUCUCUAAAUAUUAUUCUUAGGGGAUUUGUGGCCAACUUCCUUACUGGGCCCUCUUGCAGGCUGCUGCCUCCGCAUCUCGCAGUACUUGGUGUUCUGCGGCUGUGCCCGUCCCUUCGUCACGCUCAGCCCUAGGCCUAGAGCCCUGACUCUCGGGCCAGGGUCGUUGGAAAGGGUCUGGAGCCAGGCAGUCCUGGAGGGCCCUCAUCUGGGACUGUGGACUGACCGCUUGGCCUUUGGGUCCCACGUGUCUCGUGUGCAGUGUGGGUGUGCUGGUCACCCCCACCUCCAGGUGUCUUGAGGACUCGGUGAGAACAUGCGGUAAAGCUCUCUUCUGACGGCGGCGCAGGGGAAAUGACAGAGAGGGUUAGACCGGCUCCCCCCAGAGUAGAGAAGGGGACAGGGUGGCCGAAUGGAAGGCCUCCUGUGAGCCUGCCUGCUCCAUGCCUUUCACGGGAUUUACAGGAAAAUGAGGCCCCGAGGGUGGAAGGGGUUUGCCCGAGGACACGUGGCCACUCUCUAGUACAUAUUUCCGGAGCCCCUGCUUGCUGCCUGGCCCCGAGUGGUCUGUGGGGAAUCAGUAUGAAUUAGACUCGGCGCCUGCAUCUCCCCAGUUCUCUUUCUUGACGAGCAGGGGUGUCCGGCCCUGAGCACAGGACUGGGCUGGCGUGAAAGCAUGCAGGAUUGGAGUUAGAAUGAAGGAAGACCUUUCUGUAUGAAUAGUUCCCAGAGGUCUGGUCAAGGUAGGACCUCUGGGGUCCUUGUGUCGUUUGUUCAGUAUUUUCAAAGUUUACCCCAAAGGAACAGUAACAAACCUACCCGGGGGUCACUCCCAGCCUGUGGCUCAAAGUGACUCUCCCAUCCCAUCUGUUCCCCAAAUCUGGGCCCCGGCUCCUCCAGGAGGAGGGGAAGGGAGGAGAAGUGGGUUUAGGUCUUGGCUCUGCAACUUCAAAGCGGCGGGGUCUGAGCAAGUCUCCUGCCUUCUCUGCGCCUGGCACUCCUCAUUUCGCAAUGUGGACCCCUGCUGUUACUAUCCGUGCCAGCACCAGGGCGUCUGUGUGCGCUUCGGCCUUGACAGCUACCAGUGUGACUGCACCCGCACGGGCUAUUCCGGCCCCAACUGCACCAUCCCUGAGCUGUGGACCUGGCUCCGGAAUUCUCUGAGACCCAGCCCCUCUUUCCUCCACUUCCUGCUCACUCACGGGCGCUUGUUCUGGGAGUUUGUCAAUGCCACCUUCAUCCGAGACAUGCUCAUGCGUCUGGUACUCACAGUACGUUCCAACCUUAUCCCCAGCCCCCCCACCUACAACUUAGCACAUGACUACAUCAGCUGGGAAUCCUUCUCCAACGUGAGCUAUUACACUCGCAUUCUGCCUUCUGUGCCUGAAGGCUGCCCCACGCCCAUGGGGACCAAAGGGAAGAAGCAGCUGCCAGAUGCCCAACUCCUGGGCCGUCGUUUCCUGCUCAGGAGGAAGUUCAUACCUGACCCCCAAGGCACGAACCUCAUGUUUGCCUUCUUUGCACAACACUUCACCCACCAGUUCUUCAAAACGUCCGGCAAGAUGGGUCCUGGCUUCACCAAGGCCUUGGGCCACGGGGUAGACCUUGGCCACAUAUAUGGAGACAAUCUGGAGCGUCAGUAUCAGCUGCGGCUCUUUAAAGACGGGAAACUCAAGUACCAGGUGCUGGAUGGAGAGGUGUACCCGCCCUCCGUAGAAGAGGCCAAUGUGCUGAUGCGGUACCCUCGGGGCGUGCCGCCCCAGAGCCAGAUGGCCGUGGGCCAGGAGGUGUUUGGGCUGCUUCCCGGGCUCAUGCUCUAUGCCACGCUCUGGCUACGUGAGCACAAUCGUGUGUGCGACCUGCUGAAGGCCGAGCACCCCACGUGGGGCGAUGAGCAGCUCUUCCAGACGACCCGCCUCAUCCUCAUAGGGGAGACCAUCAAGAUCGUGAUCGAGGAGUACGUGCAGCAGUUGAGCGGCUACUUCCUGCAGCUGAAGUUCGACCCGGAGCUGCUGUUCAAGGCCCAGUUCCAGUACCGCAACCGCAUCGCCGUGGAGUUCAACCAGCUCUACCACUGGCACCCCCUCAUGCCCGACUCCUUCAAGGUGGGCUCCCGAGAGUACAGCUACGAGCAGUUCUUGUUCAACACCUCCAUGCUGCGGGACUACGGCGUCGAGGCCCUGGUGGACGCCUUCUCUCGCCAGAGCGCCGGCCGGAUUGGUGGGGGCAGGAACAUGGACCACCACGUCCUGCACGUGGCCGUGGAUGUCAUCAAGGAAUCGCGGGAAAUGCGGCUGCAGCCUUUCAAUGAGUACCGCAAGCGGUUUGGCAUGAAGCCCUACACCUCCUUCCAGGAGCUCACAGGAGAGAAGGAGAUGGCAGCAGAGUUGGAGGAGCUGUACGGAGACAUCGAUGCCUUGGAGUUCUACCCAGGGCUGCUUCUGGAAAAGUGCCUACCGGACUCCAUCUUUGGGGAGAGUAUGAUAGAGAUUGGGGCUCCCUUUUCCCUCAAAGGUCUCCUAGGGAAUCCCAUCUGCUCUCCAGAGUACUGGAAGCCGAGCACGUUUGGUGGAGAGACAGGCUUUAACAUCGUCAACACGGCCACGCUGAAGAAGCUGGUCUGCCUCAACACCAAGACCUGCCCCUACGUUUCCUUCCGCGUGCCCGACUCCAGUGGGGACAAUGAACCUGUUGUGGAGCGACCAUCCACAGAGCUCUGAGGGGGCAGGGAAGCAGCAUUCUGGAGACACCAGCCUUGUGCUUGUCAUUCCAGAAUGCUGAGGCCAGCACUGACAGUCUUAAAUGUUGGCUUUCUGGUGUAGCAUGGUGAGUGUUGGGGUUGACAUCUAGAACUUUGGGUCUCACCCAUGGCCUGGAAUAUUGCGAUUUUUGUCAUUCUGGAAUGCUGAGUUCCUUGUUAACCCUUCAGAAUGUAAGAAGUGGUUCUCACUGGGCCUGCCAGAACACUGAGUUCCUUGCUGACAACCUAGCAUGUCAGGUUUCUGGUUGAUUUGGGAUAUAGGCAUUCUAGAAUAUGGAGAUCCCGAUGAAAUCUAUGGGGUUCUUAUUUUGCAUUGCAGAAUCUUGCCUUUCUGAUUGGGGAUUCAGAAUGUUGUGUUCCCAGCUGAUGAUCCAGAACAGUGGCUGGUAUGCCAGAUCAGGCUUGAUCUGAAUGUCUAGAAUGUUGAUUUGAUUCAUUUUCCUGUUGAGUGAGAUACCAUAGAGCAGGAGAUGCUAAUGUCCAACAGGAAUGCAUCGCCGGCAUCUGUGCCCGCACUGAGGGGGCAAGAAGGUGGGGUGUCGUUCUUGGAAACCUCUCCCCCCACCCCACUUAGACCCUGGUCCAAGGACGUAGAGAGAACAUGUGGGCUUUCUUCAUGCCAUUGGUUGGAAGCCACCAGAGCCCCGUCCCUAUCCAGGUCUUGACUCGUGGCAGCUGUUUCUCAUGAAGCUAAUAAAAUUCUUUCCAAAGUUGC